CCCAGAACCUCACCAGCCAUGAAUGCCUACCCCAAGGAGAUGGUGCCUCUCAUGGGCAGGAGAGUCGCUGCCCCCGGUGGGAACCCUGUCGUCCUGCCAGAGAAGAGGCCGGCGGAGACCACUCCCACAAAGAAGAGUGCGCAUUUCUUCCUGGAGAUAGAGGGGUUCGAGCCCAACCCCACGGUGGCCAAGACCUCUCCCCCUGUCUUCUCCAAGCCCAUGGACUCCAACAUCCGGCAGUGCAUCUCUGGCAACUGUGAUGACAUGGACUCCCCCCAGUCUCCUCAGGAUGAUGUGACAGAGACCCCAUCCAAUCCCAACAGCCCUAGCGCACACCUGGCGAGGGAAGAGCGGAGGAGGCAGAAGCGGCGGCUGAAGAAGCGCAUCUUCGCGGCGGUGUCGGAGGGCUGCGUGGACGAGCUGCUGGAACUGCUGGCCGAGCUGCAGGAGCUUUGCAGGCGGCGCCGCGACCAGGAUGUCCCUGACUUCCUCAUGCACAAGCUGACGGCCUCAGACACGGGGAAGACCUGCCUGAUGAAGGCCUUGUUAAACAUCAACCCCAACACCAAGGAGAUUGUGCGGAUCCUGCUUGCCUUUGCCGAAGAGAAUGACAUGCUGGACAGGCUCAUCAACGCCGAGUACACAGAGGAGGCUUACGAAGGCCAGACGGCGCUGAACAUCGCCAUCGAGCGGCGGCAGGGGGACAUCACGGCGCUGCUCAUCGCCGCCGGCGCUGACGUCAACGCCCACGCCAAGGGGACCUUCUUCAACCCCAAGAACCAGCACGAGGGCUUCUACUUCGGCGAGACGCCCCUGGCCCUGGCGGCGUGCACCAACCAGCCCGAGAUCGUGGAGCUGCUGAUGGAGCACGAGCGCACCGACAUCGCCUCCCAGGACUCGCGGGGCAACAACAUCCUUCACGCCCUGGUGACCGUGGCCGAGGACUUCCAGACGCAGAACGACUUCGUGAAGCGCAUGUACGACACGAUCCUGCGGCGCAGCGGCAGCUGGGAGCUGGAGACCACGCGCAACAACGACGGCCUCACACCGCUGCAGCUGGCGGCCAAGAUGGGCAAGGCCGAGAUCCUGAAGUACAUCCUGAGUCGUGAGAUCAGGGAGAAGAGGCUCCGAAGCCUGUCCAGGAAGUUCACGGACUGGGCAUAUGGACCCGUGUCGUCCUCCCUGUAUGACCUCACCAACGUGGACACCACCACAGGCAACUCGGUGCUGGAAAUCACCGUCUACAACACCAACAUCGACAACCGGCACGAGAUGCUGACUCUGGAGCCGCUGCACACGCUGCUGCGAAUGAAGUGGAAGAAGUUUGCCAAGUACAUGUUCUUCCUGUCCUUCUGCUUAUACUUCUUCUACAACAUCACCCUGACCCUGGUCUCAUACUACCGCCCCCGGGAGGAGGAGGCCCUUCCGCACCCCUUGGCCCUGACCCACAAGAUGGGGUGGCUGCAGCUCUUGGGAAGGAUGUUUGUGCUCAUCUGGGCCAUGUGCAUCUCUGUGAAAGAGGGCAUUGCCAUCUUCCUGCUGAGACCCUCGGAUCUGCAGUCCAUCCUCUCGGAUGCCUGGUUUCACUUUGUCUUUUUUAUUCAAGCUGUGCUUGUGAUACUGUCUGUCUUCCUCUACUUGUUUGCCUACAAAGAGUACCUCGCCUGCCUCGUGCUGGCCAUGGCCCUGGGCUGGGCCAACAUGCUCUACUACACGCGGGGAUUCCAGUCCAUGGGCAUGUACAGCGUCAUGAUCCAGAAGGUCAUUUUGCAUGACGUUCUGAAGUUCUUGUUCGUAUAUAUCGUUUUUUUGCUUGGAUUUGGAGUAGCCCUGGCCUCGCUGAUAGAGAAGUGUCCCAAAGACAACAAGGACUGCAGCUCCUAUGGCAGCUUCAGUGAUGCAGUGCUGGAACUCUUCAAGCUCACCAUAGGCCUGGGUGACCUGAACAUCCAGCAGAACUCCAAGUAUCCCAUUCUCUUUCUGUUCCUCCUCAUCACCUAUGUCAUCCUCACCUUCGUUCUGCUCCUCAACAUGCUCAUUGCCUUGAUGGGAGAGACUGUGGAGAAUGUCUCCAAGGAGAGCGAGCGCAUCUGGCGCCUGCAGAGAGCCAGGACCAUCUUGGAGUUUGAGAAAAUGUUACCAGAAUGGCUAAGGAGCAGAUUCCGGAUGGGGGAGAUGUGUAAAGUGGCCGAGGAAGAUUUCCGACUGUGUUUGCGGAUCAAUGAGGUGAAGUGGACUGAAUGGAAAACACACGUCUCCUUCCUUAACGAAGACCCGGGGCCUGGGAGGCGAACAGAUUUCAACAAAAUCCAAGAGUCUUCCAGGAACAAUAGCAAAACCACUCUCAAUGCAUUCGAAGAAAUAGAGGAGUUCCCAGAAACGUCGGUGUAG